UACCAGGGAUGAGUAUCUUUGUAUGCUAAGAGUGUGAAUGCUUUGAGGAUGAGGCCUACUCAGCCUUGUACUGUGGUCUGCCUCCCUGCUGAUCAGCGUCUCUACAGGCCGCAGCUGAGCUUACUGAGCAUCAGAGGCCUGUAAACUUUGUCCUGUGGUUUUGAACACAUCCUAGCUGUGUGGAUGACAAGGUGCUGCUUACAAAAUACUUCAUAUGAUCCACUAUACAGAGUAAUAUGUAAGCGCUUUAAAUACGGGCAGUGGAUUUUUUCCAUUUGCAGUUUUAAUUCCAAUUUUACUUGAGAUCUAUUUUGAAUGUGAAUUUAUAAAAAGGAACAGUUUCCCAAUUCUUUAAUUAACAUAAAUGAUGGUUCCCAACCCUGUACACUGCAAAGCAAGUUUGCCCGUUUAUGGAAAAUAUUAAGGAUGGCCUCAGCAAUGAAAAAUGGUACAGUGGUUGAAAUGGUCCACUAUGGUACAAUGUUUUGGAGUUAAAAAUGAUUAAAAAGCUUUUAUUUUAUUGGCUUACCACAGAUGCAUCUCAGCAUACAUGCAUUAAUAAAGAUACGCAGUACAUACUGUACAUACCCAUUAGUGAUUGUUUUAUGUUAGAAGGACUAAAAGAAGACUGAGAUGGACUGAAUUGCACAAAGAAACAAUGGUUUAGAAUUAUUAGUCUGCACUCCAUCAAAACCAGCAUUCACGUCAAGUCAUUAAAGUUACUGAGGAAGACUUGAGGAAGGACACAAACUAAAAAUGCUCCAAAGAUAAAUGUUCUCUUUCAAUGUCACGGAUCUGCCUGGUCUGGAUCUUAGAUGCUGGUUCAGAUAAAAACCCAAAUAUACUGCAGUCAACAAAAAACCUUGACCUCCUCUUUAAACAUAAUGGCAAUAUUUUCUUAUUAGUUAAUUCGGGAAUGCACUGAAGGGUGCAUGCAUAAUGAUAUGGCACAUGCUACUUUGCCUUUUGAAAUAAACAGUACAUAAAAAUAAAAUGGCUUUGGAACUGGUUUAAAGUGGGUCUCGGCAAGCAUGAGGAGAAGACCUACAGUCAUAUGACUACACUCAGCUGUGUAAAUAAAAGAGCGGCUUCCGUCCUCAGAGGCUAGUGAGAGGCUCACAGUGCCAUGUCGGGUUCAGCUUCCUCCCCUCCCCCUCGUCUGCAGUGCUGACGCAUCUGCUGCUUUUGCAUCAAUCAGCAGCCUCUAUAUAGGUAUACUGAGAGUCCCCGCUGAUAGCAGGACUCUCUUUUUCCCUCAGCCUGGCACUUAGUUUGCACUCUCACUGCAAUUGUGAGAAAAAGCAUCGAUAAACAUCUGUCCUGUGACUGCUGUGACACACAAUUGGACAGUAGUCAUUGCCAUCUUCUCUCAGGUUCUGCAUUACCUAACCACAGUGACUGUGUAAGCACGGAUGCUGCACGCUUUGGUGUAAUAUAUUGCUGCACAGACAGAGUCUGUGUGCACAAGCAUGAAACAGAUGGCUUAGCCUUAUGCAUUCAAGGUGCAUGUUGUUUCUAUUAGGGCUACCGAUAAUUUUGUUUCUUGCAAAAGAUAUUUUUCCUUUUGGUCAACAUCGAUGCAUCGGGAUCUCGCUAGUGUGGUGCUGGGGAGAUUUAAUACAGCAUUUGUUGUACGCCUCACUCUACGCUGCUACCAGCAAUGCAGCUGAGCGCUUUCUCUGGCUGUAGCAUCGUGUACAGAGCUGGUGUGUGAUGUAGCACCCAGCAUCUCUCCGCUCUCUCUACAGCCCUCUGCCAUGCUUAAUAAAAGUUGCCGUUUCCUGCUCAGUGGCUCCAGAACGAACGCUUCAGUUGCCCAGCUAGCACAGAGACAGACCCAUACUCCGGUUUAGCUACGUGCUGUAUAGACUGAGUUAUUUCUAUAGCUGUAGCAGGACAGAAGAGGGACAGUUAGAGGAAGGCAGGGCAGAUCUAGCCCAGGACCUGGGCUGCAUGGAUAGAGGCAAAGGACGUUGGAGCUGGAGUCAUCUGCACACAGAGAGGGAGGGAGAGGAAGAAAGACGUCAGAAAAAGCUCUGCUUCUGACACCACCACUGUUCGGCGACCAUCAUAGAAAAAAACUACUUUCGCCUUGCUCUCACAAAACUGUUUUUCCAGGUAUAGUUGGUCAUAUUGAGGGCUGUAGAAAAAGGAUACUGCAUGACACUGUUUCCUGUUCGCCCUGCAUCAUUUUCUCUCAUUUACUAAGGUUCUCAGAGAGGGCAGGAUGUUUGUGGGAGAGAGGGGACCGAAUACAGUCACUUGCCAUCCAGCUGAAUCCCAAUAAGUGCUGCGCCAUAGCAUGUUGCCAUGACAACGGAGGCCUGUCUGAGAAGGAUGAUGACUGUGGUGUCCCCAUGUACUCAGAACCUGAUGGAUAGUGCUCACCCUCACACCGUGCUUAGCAAGCUUAAUGAGCAGCGCUCACAAGGCCUCUUCUGUGAUGUUACCAUUGUGGUGGAGGAUGUUAAGUUUCAGGCCCACAAGAACAUCCUGGCAGCCUGCAGCGGGUACUUCAGGAAUGCUCUGACAACUCCUGAGACAUGGAGCUCUAGCCAAGUGCUGGAGCUGAUGGACCUGAAGUCUGAGGUGUUCGCCAGUAUCCUCAACUUUAUCUACUGCUCAAAGGUGACAUCACCUGCUGCGGAGGACACAGGGGGGCUAGUGGCAGCUGGAAAAAGACUUGGAAUUCCUUUUUUAGAGAAGCUUGCAGAACAAGAGAGGCAGGACGAAUGUGUUAAAUCCACAGACUCCAGCACAGCCCCAGUGUCUAAAAAAACAAAGAAGGAAGCUCCCAGGCCUGAGGAGAUAGACAUUGCCAGAGGGCCCCGCAUUACCAAUGCCUUCUCUAUCACUGAAGUAUGUCCUGGGAACAAUAUUUUCACCCCUCUUGUUCAAACCAAUGGGGAGAGGCAGUCACCUGAUCUGGGACAGCUCCCAGCAAGUUGCCCUACAACCUCCUGCCUCAGUGGGAACAAUGAGACAACUCAAGCCCUCUCAGAGCACUCAUAUGCAGUAAGCAAAUCUACUGAAGGCAAAGAUAGCAGUCAGUGGGACAACAAGAAUAUCUGUAAGCCAGCAAUAUCACAGCCAAAGCAACUCAUUUACAGGAACACAGGCCCGCUUAAAAAGCGCCACAGGCUGAGAGGCACUUUGGGUAGAAGUAUACUUCCAACACCAGCUGAACCACAAACAGAUAAACCAAAUACAAUAACCACCACAUUAGCUGAUGGUGUUUCUCCAGCACCUGUUGCAGUCAUGACACCACCUCCGCUUUUUUCAGAGGCAGAAACAGAAAAAAGCAUAGACCCAGGGCUACCUAUAACCACUGACAAUGUUCAAAUGGAGUUAGGUCCACCAACCCUUUCCCCUCACACAGAGGACAGCAUUUCAAUCUACGGAUGUGAGCACUGUCCAGAGAUAUUCACAAAUAAAGCUCUUCUUGCCAUUCACUCAGAGGUACAUAAAAAGCGUUUUGUCAGUCAUUUGUUUUGCAAGUUCUGUCACAGAAAGUUCAUACACCUCAAACGGCUGCGCAACCACGAACAGGUCUGUCCCAAAGCUGUAAGAGACCCACCUAAACUAGAUGCUACUGACAUACCAACCAAACAGGUGGACCUCCAUUCUGAUGACACGACAAACAUGGAGAGCAUCGUGACACCACUUCCUUCUGCGGACCUCUCCACCCCUUACACCCCAGAGCUCCUUCAAGUGGACCAAUCAGAGCCUCCACAGGAUGAGAAGGCAGUGAGGCCAGGUGGCAGCCAGAGGAGAUACAACUGCAGUGUGUGUAAACGGGUCUAUGCCACCCUAUCCAGUCUGAAGCGGCAUGAGAAUGUACAUUCCUGGCAGAGGGCCUAUCCCUGUCAUUAUUGUAAUAAAGUGUUUGCCUUGGCAGAGUACCGUACUAAGCAUGAAAUCUGGCACACAGGCGAACGCCGCUAUCAGUGUAUUUUCUGCCUGGAGACAUUCAUGACAUAUUAUAUCUUAAAGAACCAUCAGAAGUCUUUUCACGGCAUUGAUCCUAGUCUUGCUGUUAAGAAAAAAUCAGCCAACGGUGGGCUGAAAGCCAGUGUUUAUCCAAUCAAACUCUACAGGCUUCUCCCUAUGAAGUUUAGAAAGAGACAAUACAAGACAUACAGUCAGACAUAUUCAGAGAGCGUUGAAAGAGGUGACGAAGCCCCACUAGAAAGCAACUCUCUUAUCCCUCCUUUUGAAGAAAACAGUCUGAUCAGCCACCCUGACACUGUUUCAUUCCCUCUGACAUUCAUGGCAACAACAAAGAUGGUGGCACCUGUCAUGCCUCGCGUCAGCUUCGGCAAGCCAUGUGACCAAGAUAUUGACCAAAGUCUUAACAGUGAAUUGGAAAUUCAGAGAAGCAAAAGAAAAGAGGCUGAGAAUAGAGAUUCACCCUUCAUUAACUACAACAGUACCUUCUCUUUGCAACCCGAUGCAGAGUCUCCUGCAGUGGGUUACAAAGACGAUCCUCCUGUACUAAGUCACUCAGAGCACAUCAGUCAUAAAGUGCCAUUCUUAAACUCUUUGAACGCUGUUAAAAAGUUAGGUGAGCUUUCAGCUUCUGCAAAAAGAGUUGAGGAUAUGACCAAGGAGAUACUUCAAUCGAGCACCGAGAAUCUAGUGCGUGAUAAGGCAGCGGGGGCAAAGACAGAAACAUAUAUUGCCAAACCUGCAUGCCCGGGUCCAUCUGUGGAUGGUGCUGCCAUGCCGCUCUGUCAAAUAACAGUGAAAAUAGGCAAUGAAGCCAUCAUCCGCCGCAGAAUCAAAGGAUCUAAGCUCUUCCCCAGAAAGAAAAGGAGAAUCAGAGAACUGAGUAAGGAGGAGAGCCCGAGUCAGUGCCCUCCAACAAGGAAAAACUCAGAGAGCCCCAGACUCCGCCUCAGACCAGAAGUCGCUUCCGCCGCAGAGCCGGAGACAUACGAUGAUCCCAAUGACUGUGACACAGCUGAUAUGCUUUGGCGUCCCUACUAUUCUUACAAAGCUAAAAAGAAAAGGAAGAAGUUGAGAUUCAAGCACAGAAAAGCUUUGUUUCAACAUUAUCCUGAAACAUCUGUAGAUAGAACUGCUGCCAGUGAGGCCCAACUUGAUAAAAGUAGUUGGCUGGCAGAAGAAAGCAUAUCAGGUGGGAGUGGAGAGGUGAAACGCAGUCUUAGCAGGAACUCCAGCCCGAGGGCCACCUACAACUGUGACAUCUGUGACAGCUCUUUUAUCACAGAGACUGGUCUGAGAGCCCAUGUUAUUGGUUCCCACCCAUGUUUCUGCCGGACCUGUGGUAAACAAGGUCCCCCUGGUGAGGUACCUGCUGGUGGUGAUUACAUCUGCAACAGCUGUAUGGAAAAUGGCUCCUGCUUUGAUAAUACACCCCGGAGCCCCAACACAGAGAAGAAGUAUCGCUGCUCCUUCUGUCCCCAGCGUUUUCUCUACCUUGCCACUAAGAGAAGCCAUGAGAAAAAACACCAGGAGACAAAUGAGGAGGGAUAUAAUUAUGACAACUUCACACCAUGUUCUAAAUACUCAGCACACAUGAGUGAAGACAAUAAACAAGACACCAUCAAAACAGAAGACGGUGACAAUCAAGGGGGCACUGACAUAAAAAUUGAAAGGAUGGAAGGAGGACAUUUUUCCACUGAUAAAAUUAAGCCUGAAGUCGAGGAUACAACUGACUUUAUGUCUUUGACUACCUAUCAAGACAUGUCAUAUUCCAGCAUUAAAAGUCCAUUAUCACCCUGCAUCGACCCAUUGUUUUCACUGACACCCUUGAAGGUGAAACAUAAAAUGGCGAAAAAAAGGAUCAAUGCACAGCAUUCUAUGCAUCUCAUCCCCAAAAAGCAAGGCCGUGACAGAGACAGUGACAGCAACAAGGAUAUUUUGAUGGGGCCAAGAACAAGCAGUCACAAUGACCGUGAGAAGUCCUGUAAACUCUUUAGGAGAAAUGACUCUGAAACUAAAAGUACCCACAUUUCUAUACACAAGCCAGAGAAAUGGAUGUGCAAAGAGGAGCCAUUUUUUUAGAGAUCUUUGAGGACUGUGGCCAACAACAGGCAAAAGAGAAAGUGAAUGAAACUUGACUUCAAGCCACUGAAGCCAUGUAAAUGUUAGAAUUGUAAUGCAGCUGAGCUCAAUAAAAUGUUUUGAAUGGACAACAGUAAACAUGAGGAUCUAAUAUAGCGGCUGUAAUUUCUUCCCUCCUAAAACUCAACAACUGAGUGAUUUUUCACCUUUGUAGAAGAUAUUUUUUGGAUAAUAUAGGAACUUGUAACACAGACUGUACUUUGUCCAUUGUCUAUGCAUAUAUGGCAGACAUGACUGUAACCUUAAGAAAUACAUGAAUGUUGGUAACGUUUCUUCAAACGGUGUGCAAUAUCAGAACAUGGAUAGGAUGUGUUGGACAAUUGAAAAGCUGCCUAGUGCGGUUACAUCUUCACUUUUUUUUUUUAAAAUAUGUUUCAGUCGGGAACACGUCAUAGAUUUAACCAUUUAUUGCAACAAAUGGAAAUACAGUUAUGCUUGGCGCUGAUGGCUCCGCUCUUAAGAUGCUCCCUGGAUUAGCCGAGCAGCAUGCUAAGCCAAAACAGGGAGCGCAAUGCAAAAAAAUCCCCAUGGAUAUACCAGAGCGGGCCUAAGCAAGACAUGAAUACCAUUUAACCUUUGAGCCAUGUUAGGACUGAACUAGAAAGGUGGAGGCUGGGGUGGUGGAGGCAAAGCUUUGCCAGCAGCAGCGGUGAGUGUGGCAGCAUUGUUGUAGCAGGUGUAGGGCCGCCUUGUUAUGAGAAUGGGCUGGGAUUGGUGUGUGACUGAUUAGAAGUGAAUAUUCAGUCAGCGGGGCGUACGACUUCUGUGUCCUGCAUGAACUAACGUGAUGCUUCAUUUGGGUAAAACAAUAAGAAUUUUAUGACUGUCACAUUUCUGAAUCUUCCGUUCAGUUAACUGGCCAUGGUGAGUUGCACUUUAUAGUUAGACUAUGCUAAUCUGUUGGCUAAAUACUUUGAUAAUUAAAUUUAAAUUCUUAGCACCAUUGAUAUAAUUCUAAUUUAUAAUUAACACAUGGCACCAUUGAGAUUAAAGUUACUACUUUUGUGUGUUUAUGUAUAAAACAUGUAAAACAAUUUAAAUAAAUGUUGUUGAUAUUCUAAA